CGAAAAUGGAUUCUAGCUCAUCAGAGGAAGAUAAUUUUAAAUCUUUUAGAAAAAAUGAUUGUGAUAAACGAAAUUUCAGUACUCAAAUGAACAUCUCAAAUAGUAGAAGUAAUAUAAUUCAUAAGCUUUUUAAUAGGGAGAUUUUUGGAAGUACAUCUAGACAGCCAAAUGAAAGAGGACGAAAGGUCUUCGAUAAAAUCCCACCUCGGCUGCGAUUUUGCCUUAUGGAUAUUGUUCCUAUUCAGUAUUUACGUCAACAUAUUUUCAUGGGAUUCUCACAGUGUGGGCAAUUCCUUCUUAGUUUUACAUUUAGUAGUAAUCAUCAAGCUUACUUUAGGGAAAGCUCUAAAUUCACAUUGCAUUUCUUAUCAUGGAUACCAGGUAAUGUGGUGAAGCCAGUCCACAGUGUGCCGCUGUUUGGAGAUGAGGGUGUGGACAGUAAGAUCACAAUAUCUAUGGCACAGUGGAAGCACAACCCUGGUGUUCUGGUUGUUUAUGGCAUUGCGGAUUCAUGUUCGGAGAGAUCCUACCUCAGUGUUAUUGGAGUACCUCGUUUAGGUUGUAGAAAAUGUUCAGCUAUUUCAAGAGAAGAAGAUGAUCUCAAUUGGGGAAAGCGUUGUUUAGAACACAAUUUCGCUAUUCACACGAAAUUCUUUUGCACAUCAGACAGUAGCAUGUAUGAACCAGUUGUACAACUAGCAUAUUCAAAUCAAAUUAUUAUUUAUACGGAUUUUAUACACAUACUCGAAAUAGAUUUUGUUAAGCCAGAUCAAGAUAGAAAUGAUAUUGAAGAUAACAAAUUCUUAAUAGAUAAGGAAGAAGUGAGCUCGGUAGAUAUGAAUCCGAGUACACCAGCAUCAGACUUCUCGGCUCCCUUCCAGUCGCCGAAAUAUCAGAAUAAUGUUGUUCAGAACAUUCUAGCUGAUUUCUCUGACUUGGAAGUGGACCCUAAUCAAAUUUCCCGUCCAGUACAUAUGCCUGAUAUGAUGGGACAGGAAUUGUGCAUUCAGGCAUCCUCGAUUUCGCAUAAUUUAAUGGAAGAAUGGGAAGGCCCAUCCCCAUCUAUUAGAACUCUUAUAAGCCCACCUCUAAGGUCGCCAAGGAGACGACCGGCAGAAAGUAUGUCUAGAUUUAAUGAAUCACACAGAGUAAUUGCAGAAAAAGCGUACGAAUUUGUCGAAGAAGCCGAGACAAAGUGUGAAAAACUAAGCAUGUUCAGAAAACGACGACUAGCCGAUAAGAAAUAUGAAUUCUCAGAAGAUAAUAAUGAAAAUAUAAUACCGUUUAGAGUUUUAAGAAGUAAUAGGAAGUAUUUUACCGGAUCGACGAGUAAAAGCCCGCGAAUGCCCAAAUCUCCGUCAGUUGAAAGCGUUGUUUUAAGGGCUCAUAAUCAAAUAAGUAGACCACCGUCACCGACCACAAGUUCGGAUUUAAAAAAUCCUGGGCUUUCGUCACUCGAAUCGGAUAGAAAUAGUGAAUCGGAAUACAGGGUGAUGGAAAUGUUGGACGAUGGCUCUCUAAAAACCGUGUCUGUACACGAUAAUACCUCCAAAACCCUAUCGGAUUGUCCUGUCAGUGCCCAAGAUCCGUAUUUAGUGCAUUCGGAGAAUUCGAAAUGCAGUAAAUUCUUCACAAGGUACUUUGUUGAAAGUGAUGAUGAAAUAACGUCUAUUAUAACGGAUUCUGAAGAUGACUGUAUAUCGGGUUAUCACGUGGCUUUGCCCCUCGCCGGUAACGGUGCAGGCUACGCCCCACUCCAAGCGAUCGGUUCAGGCGCUUGGGAGAGACUCAGAGCCAAUUCCCCCCCUUCCCUACCCCCCCUCACUGUGAGAGCACAACAGAGAUCAUUGGACACUGAAUUGCUAUGUAACGAAGUGUGUGGCAGAUUGUGCAAGAUAAACGGCAAGAAAUUCGUAUACUGUUUCGACUGGGGUUGCCAUGUGAUUGAUGUUUGCCAAUCGAGUGGUUGCUUAUCUGGGUUAUGCGCAAUGUGGCUAUGGGCCAGCGAUGAAAAAGAGCGCGAGGGGGGUGAGAGCGAGGUGGGGGAGGGGAGCUGCGAAGCGUGCAAGGACGUGGCGUGCGGGUGCGUACAGCACCGCCGGCAGUAUGCGGCCGAGUGUUUAUUCGUUUGGGACCUUGUUAGUGGUGUGUACCGAACAGAAAGGGUUGCCAUGACUGAAGAUUCGAGCCAAGAGGGUUCCAGAGUGCCUGGGGCGGAGCGUGCUCGCGAGUUGGCGAAGAAACUUGGCGCAGUAAAUAUGCCGCCCCAUGACAAUAGGCUACUCACUACACUUACUGGAAAAUCACUCAAAAGACUGACAGACGUAGACAACUGCGUAGAAAUAACGAAAAACCACCCGGACAGCUCCGAGUCGGAAUCUGAAGAAGACAGUGACUACAACUGAUUGUAUACUCUCUGUGCUAUAGCCAUCCUGCUCAGAUGAUAUAGUGUGACAAGGACAAAAUAUAAUCGCGAUUUGUAGCACAACUAUUUAUUCAAUAAAAGUGUAUUAACUAAUUAUGAAUAGGUAUGUUAUUGCGAUUCUAAAUUUGCAUGUGUGAAAAAGGAGCCAGAUAUGUUUAUAUAGCUCCAUAUUUUACAGUGACAAAAUUAUGACGCAUUUGCAUGAGACGGCUCGAUAGAUUUAUUUCGUCUGUCUUUCCAACGAGCACUCGCAAAUGAAAUUUAAUGAUAAAAAAUAUUUGACUCACUUCCCGUAAGCUGUAUAUCGACCGAUUAAUUUCAUCGGUCGCUAUCAGAAUUAUUAUAAAUAAAUACAUACAAUAUGUAUUGCAAUUACACAUUGUAUGUAUGUAUUGUAUUUUCAAGCAAGCGGGCAAUCCCUUCAAACAUGCAUCAACUUGAAAGUGUCAUUGGUUACUACCCCGCUAGGAUUAUCCGUAUGCUAUACCUAACGAGUUAACGACCAAUGAAAAUGCGCCUUUAAUGACAUAAUGUGCCAAUUUUUCUUUCAUAACAGUUCAUUGAAUAAUAACUGAUGACAUACUAUAUUCACUUGUUAUAUAUACUUUUUAGAAUGACUAGUCAGUCUGUUUAGUUGUCAAGGGUUUAAUAUUUAUGUGAUAUUUUUAAACUCUUGAUAAUUACGCAUAUUUCUUCGGUAUUUAGUAGGUUGUGAAUGUAGUGAGUUAUAUAAUUACUUCUAUCAUUUUAAAAU